UCUUUCUUUUCGCAUAUGUCUUUCUCUACCUUCUACCUCUCCUUCACUCUGCCACAUAUGAUAACAUGUCUACGCCUAUCUGCCCAAAAAGUUUCAGCUGCCCAGCUUUUGGCCCAUUUAGUUAUCCUUUUUACGAUGAUACUAACGAAGGAUGUGGAUUGAUCGCGGUCAACUGUACUUUGAAUCAUGAGAAAGUACAAUUCGGAGGACAAUCAUAUGAGAUUGCAGUUAAGCUUGAUGCUGGUCCUUCUGUCUUGAUACGUAAUAGAACAUUUGAAGAACUUGGAUUAUCCAAAAGCUGUGAGACACUCAUGGAUAAUUUCACUUCUCCAAGUCCGGAUUUGUUUACCAUUUCAAUCCAACCCCUUGUCACAAUCUUCAAAUGCAUGAAUGAUCCUGAUUAUGCAGAAGAGAUUAAGAGCAUUCACAUUCACUCCAUCAAAACUAUCACUAUCUCUAAAGUAUAAAAAAAUGUUCUAAAAACUUACUCCAACCAGUCCAUUAUAUGUAUACCCUAACCUUAAAUAUUAAAAAAGAGGUACAGUAACUUUUUAUACAUAAAAAGCUCCUGUAGCUCCCCCAUUUCCAACAACCACACCUUCUCCCGCCCCUCUUUCUUCUGCACAUCGACUACCAUCAACAAAUUAAGCAAAACUACCAUCAAGUUCUCACUUCCCAGGUUCUGAUUUGUAAAUUGUGGAGGGUUCCGAGUUCGAUUUGUAAACAUAGGCAAUGAUGCGGCUUCUAUUGGAAACUAGGGUUCCGAUUUGAAAAUGAUUUUUCUUAAUCAGUGGAAAUAUCAAUUGAUUCAUCCUUCACAUCUCCAUCCAUCUGCGUUCUGUUUUGGAUUUCGAAGGGCUGCGUUCUGUAAGCUUAUUUUAUUCAAACAGUGAAUCAAAAACAACCUUCACUACUGGGUACUGACUGAAGGUUGCACCAAUCAAACAGGCCCACUUUGGAUUAUUAAAGCUGUUGAGUUAAUUGCAAGUUUGAUCAAAUGGUUCGUACAUUCUUUCGCAAGUUGUUGAGAUACCUAUCUUCGGAAGAUGAUAGCGAUGAUGAUCUUGAUGAGGAUGUCGAAGAACAAUGUACUCGCAAACGUCGUAAAUUUAUUCGACGCAAUCAUAUUCAGGGACAUGAGCGUUUAUAUCGUGAUUAUUUUGCAGAAAAUCCAGUAUAUCCCUCGAAUCUGUUUCGACGGAGAUUUCGGAUGAGUCGUCCUCUAUUUCUCCGUAUUCUAAAUGAGGUUGUGGCUAACGAGCCAUACUUCGUCCAAAGAAGAGAUAAUAUCGGAAGACUCGGUUUAUCUUCUAUGCAAAAGAUAACGGCGGCGCUUAGAAUGUUGGCCUAUGGGGUUAGUGCUGAUUUUAUGGAUGAAUACAUACGCAUCGGUGAAAGCACAGCAAUGGAGAGUCUCAAAAAAUUCUGUGAGACGAUAGUAAGUAUUUUUUCAGUUGAAUAUCUACGGUCACCAAACACCAAUGAUCUCUGGAUAUGGCAUGCAUUUUUUGGUUUGCCCGGUUCAUAUAACGACAUUAACGUGUUAGAGAGAUCUUCUGUUUUCACGGAACUUGCACAAGGGCGUGCUCCACCAGUCAAUUACACAGUCAACGGCCACGACUAUACUAUGGGGUAUUACCUUGCAGAUGGCAUUUAUCCUAAGUGGCAAACAUUUGUAAAAACGAUUCCAUCACCAAGAGGGAACAAGAAUAAAUAUUUUGCAAAAGCACAAGAAUCUGCAAGAAAAGAUGUCGAGCGAGCAUUUGGUGUACUUCAACAACGAUUUGCAAUCAUUCGAGGACCUUCACGAAUGUUCAAAUUGAAGGUACUAACAAAUAUAAUGAAAGCAUGUGUUAUUCUUCAUAACAUGAUCAUUGAAGACGAACGUGAUGAUGGUGAUAGUCUUAACAUCGAGUAUGAUCAACUUGACGAUGAUCUCCCUGAAUUGUCGCGCACUCAAACAAAUGAGUUUAUGGACUUCAUCCAACGUCGUCUUCAUAUUAAAGAUAGCUCAGCACAUCAUCAGCUUCAAGAAGAUCUAAUUGAACAUCAAUGGCUACUCUAUUCCCAACAAUAAAUGAUGUCGCGUUAUAUUAGAUUGUUUUGUGAAUGUUAUGAGUUGGGUUUAGAAAUAUGUUAUGCGAUGUUCAUUGGAAUUAUAUAUGUAUGACUAGAACUUAUUAGCUCAACUUUUGUUAAAUGUGAAGGUUUAUGUUUAUCGAUUGUUCUGUAUUUUGAGUAGGAUCUAUCUUUCUCAUGGUAUGGUAAUAUUAACCUUGUUCAUCAGUUCAUGCAUAAA